UAAACUUACUUGUCUUUUUUUCUAUCGUUGAAAUUGUAAUUCGCGCCUUAUCGAAAACUUUACUGUUACAACAAUUAAUUUGCUUCAAAAAAGUAGUCUAACAAUGUCUGCAUUAAAAAAGAACUCUAAAUCAAAAUUUAUUUCUGAAGAUAUAAAUGAUUUCAUUAACGAAUCACAGUUUUUAAAUGAUUCACCUAAGAAAAAACAACAAAAACGCAGAGGAGAUACAAGUGAUAAAGAUGUUCCAAAUUUAGUUGCUUUAAGUGCUGCAAAUAAUAAAAAAAGAAAAAUAAAUGAGGGCAUUGAAGCCUGUGGUGAAUCUCGCCAAAAGAUCUUACAUGUGAUGAGUCGUCAACUAGAUUUAAGGAAACAAAUUAACGAGAAUCUAUUGAGAAGCCUCUCUGAAGUACUAAAUAAUUUGGAAGCUGACUACAAUGCACUUAAAGAAAAUGAACAGAAGCUUGAACAUCUCACAGGAUCUUUUAUGAAGUGUCUACAGCAAGCAACUGCAGCCCAUAAACAAAAAUUAAGGGCUUUUAAAGAAAUUCACAUGACAUUCAAGAAAGAAUGUGAGGAAAUGGAUGUAGACCAAAAAGCUGAAAUGGAUAAACUAGGCGAAGACCUCGAAGAAGAUAUUAACAAGCUAAAACAAAAACUAAUAUCUGAAACAAAGCGUAGCGGAUGGGAAACAUUAAGAAGAUCUUUUAUCCAGGCCAUGCAAAAUGAUUUUUAAUAUUAAUUAAUAGUCAAUUAAAUUUCUUUCUAUCUGCUAAAAAUUUUCUAAAAUUCUUCUUUUUGUACUUUUGUUUUAUUUGUUUAAUUUAAGAUGAAUAAAUGAUAUUCAACCCAAUUAUAAAUAA